AUGGCACGGCUACCACACGCGUCGCCCAUCCCGCAUGCCGCCAAGCUGUAUAAAACCCUCCCCACCCCGUACACAAACCCUAGCUCCAUUCCCCUCGCUCUCUCACUCACCAUCUUCGAUUUGGACGCGCCCGAGUACCCAACCGCCAUGGUCGUCGUCUUAGCCACGACCAUCGCGGUCCCCACCGGCUUGGAGCUUGUGCGGCAGCUCCAUCGCGGUCGUCUGCAUCUUCUACUCUACCGAAUCAAGGCCGGGAAGUAUCACCCGCGACGCUCGCGCCUUCUUCCUCCGCCAUGGCUGUCUAACACCGUCGUUCGAUCUGCAUCAUCCUGGCAACCUCGGGCCUCCCCGAGCUCUCCAUCGGACUCGCAGUGA